GAAUCGCCCGGGAUCGUCUUUCCCAACCUGUGCCGAGGGGAUGCAAUUUAUUCGCAACAGCCUCUCGUUUUCGUUCAUCAGCAACCAGGGCAAUAAUCAGCAAUCUCCGGCAAAUGGCCCAUCGACGAACGGAACAGGGGACGCGGACGAGCGGAAAGAUGCAGCACCACCAUCACGCUCGGAAUCGAACCUCAGUGAAAAGUCGCAGUAUGCAACGGUUCGAUCGAAGUUACCGCUGAACUUGGGUAGCCCACCGUCGGCGUACAGUACACCGUUUCAGAGUCCGAUCAUUGCUAGCCGCACGUACCCAACGCUGGUCGAUGCUGCGGCAACGCUAAACCGUACCGAUAGUCGGGAUGACUCAGGCAAUGGUACUAUCAAACCGGAACGGUCCAGCAAGGUGUACUUCAUCGAGCAGGGACAGCUGCAAACAGAUUACGAGCUACCGGAACGGCCCGGCCGGUCAAUGCGCGGUACGGCGAGUGUGGAUGGCGGCGAUGGCAUCGUGAAUCCUGCCUUCACAAAUGAUUCCGGUGCCACUGUGAUAAACAUGUCCAGUACCCAGCCGAGCGUCAUACGGGAACAGUACUGGACGUGGUCGUGUCGUUGCCGACGAGAACUCACCUCCCGAGAGAAAGCUCUGCUCAUUGUGAUUUUCGUUCUGGUGCUGGUCAUUGGAGGUCUCGCCACAUACCUGGGCAUUGUGGUGGACAGUGAUGAUGGAAUUACUGGUGGCAUACUCACGAGAAGUAUACUGCAACCAGCGAUUAGCGAUCAUUGAGAUCGUUU